ACCUCAUAGCCUCUUUUCCUGAGCUGCCAGCAGAGCGCCACGAGCAGCACCAAGAUUCCAGCAAUGGCCCAGAACUGCCACUGUAGCAAGGCAGCCCAGAGCAUAGAUCCCCACGAUCCGCCAGUCUGCUCCAUAGCCUUGUGCUCCAGCUCCUCCAGCAUCCGAGUCAUCUGCUGGCUGAGGAACUCAGAACGGCGCUGCAUGCGCUGCCGCGUGUCCUCAUCCAGCUCAUCGUUGACCCUCUUCGCCUUCUGGACGAUGGUCUUCACCAGCGUGACCAGCCACAUCAGGACAGACACAGCCUUCACGAGGACAGAGAGAAAGGUUUGGCACCUCUGAUUCUCCGAUCCACCGCAGUCUCCGGCCUGUGGACAGCACUGCGUGCUGCUCUUACUUAUACCUGGCCCCUCAUUGUGAUGUCCCUUGUGAUGUCACUGACACCAGAGACAUCACAGCCAGGCCAGCCCUGCCCUUCAUGCCCACCCCAGCCCUGCCCUUCAUGCCCGUAGGUUAAGAAGGAAGUGAGUUUUUUGGGAGGUUGUGGUCAAACCAAUCAGUGCUUGGAUUUGAAUAUUGGCACCUGGUUUGGCCACUGAAGAAUAAUGGAAACCUUCCUGAAUCAGAAUGAGGAGAGAAAGAUGAAGCAUGACGAAAUGGGCAAGUGUGAGGAAAGAUGGUGCAUGUGAGAGAUGUCAGAAGAGGUCAUAAUGCUCAUACUAUUCCUCCUCUGGCUUGAGCAAUGCAUCCGCCAUUACUUCAAUAUGUAUCUGGAUGAGGACCUCGACCAGCAGAGGACUGAGAUGUUGCAGGAGUUGGCCUACAGGACCAUGGAGCAGAGUGUUGGGUCCUGGGAAGCCGUGCUCUGGAGUGUCAUGCAGAAAUGCCUGUUCUGGUCCCUUGCUGGAGGCCUGAUGGUGCUCUUGGCACUCUACUGGUGGCUCAGGAAAGAGGUCCUUGAGGUGGACAACAGAAGGGAUUCAGAGAGUGAAGAAAGUGAGGAAGAAAAUCCUCCUGAGAUGAAUAUGACCUGGAUCUUUUCGAGACGCUUCCAGCUGUCAGUGCCGAAGCUGGCUUCUAGGAGACGGGUGGUGCAGGAGCUGCUGAGUGACCUGCUCCGAGUCUCCCACAGUCUGUUUUCAGACAGCUUCUUCCCGGUGCUGGAACCAGUCAUUGGGGUGGGCUGUGCCUGUGAAGGAUGGAGUCCCCAUAAGGAGGAGGACGUUGUCUACUGCAUGUUUGUGCCCCUGAAGCCCCCCCGUGGGCAUGCCUUCCACCUGGAACCAGACCCCACGGGGGAGAUGCCACAAACGAGCAUGCGCAUCCGCGUGGAGCUGGUGUGCACUUGCACCGGGGCACAGCCUGACCAGAACAUGCUGUGCUUCCUCCACCACUCUGAGGAGGAGCUGAAGAGAAAUCAGGUGGCCAGCCUUCUACACACCCUUUGCACUGGCUCUUACCUCGAUGGGGAGAAAAUUGCCCUCUGGUUCCAGACGUUUGUGAUCUCAGCCUGGUCGGCGGUGCCUCAGUCCCGUCGCUACAGCAUGAAGGUGCUGCCCUCCUGCCGCUCCUGCAAGAUGAAGCUGGUGAAAGCCUCUGGGAGAAGCCUCUUUGUGGAGACGGUUUUUAGUGUGCAGCAAGGUGACUCGGACAUCUUCCUGAGCAGCCAGCCUCCAGAGGCCCAGCUCCCUCCAAGCACGACAUGGCUGGAGAGCUAUGCCGUGGCAGAGGCAAAGUUCUUCAGGCAUGUCGCCAUGCAGGCCCCACCCCGCAGCUGCCACCUCAAAUGCCUGAGGCAUAAAAAUGAUAAAAUUUAUAAAAUUUAUAAAAUUAUAAAAUUUAUAAAAUUAUAAAAUGAUAGAGUUUUUGUUUUUUUGGAGAAGUAAGGACGGUAGCUAGCAGAACUGCUAUCCUGGACUUCCAGGCAGCAGAUUUUUUUUCCUGUUUAAGAGAUCAAUUCACAGAGUCCUUUGGGAAGCAGUGCCAAGGAGUUCAGAAAGGGCAAAGGAGUUCAGGAAGGCUGGAGAUUCCUCAAGAAGGAAAUCCUAAAGGUGCAGGAGUAUGCUAACUCUAGGAGCUGAAAGCUGGCUGAAACUCAGGAAAAAAAUAAAAGAGUUCAUGACCUUUUGAAGAAGGGACAGGCAAUUCAGGAAGACUACAGUGAUAUCACGAGGUUAUCAGGGUCAAAAUUAGAAUUGAAGUUAGAAAAGCAUCAGAAAUAGAAAAAGCCUAACUGAAAUUUAAUUUGGCUACUACAGUCACGAGCAAUAAAAGAUGUUUCUACAAGAACAAAAGCAGAGCUAAGGAAAAUCUUCAUCCUUCACUGGAUGUAUGGGGAGACAUAAUGACAAAAGAUGAGGAAAAGGUUGAGGUUCUUGAUGUCUUUUGCCUCAGUCUUUAAUACUAAGACCAGUUGUUCUGUGGGUACCCAGACCCCUGAGCUGAAAGACAGGGACAGGGAAAUAGUCAGCAACAUGCAUGGUCAAGGUUUUGCUGGCAAUUGUAUGGACAUUUGACAGAGGUGUUCCACAGACUAAGGGUGUGAUGGCUGUCUGUAUGUCUGCCAGAUAAAUGGGGAAGCUGAUAAAGCAUUGGGAAGUGGGAGACUUGCCAUGAUGUAAAUGCUGUGGGUUAAGGAGUGGAUAUUGUUCUGGUUUCAGCUGGGAUACGUUUAAUUUCUUGCCAGUAGCUGGUGCAGUGCUGCGUUUUGGAUUCAGUAUGACAAUGAUGUUGGUAACACACUGAUGUUCUGGUUGAUGCCAAGUGUCAUGUUUAUCCAAAAUCAAGGACUUUUUUGUGCCUCAUGCUCUGCCAGUGAGGAGGUACAAAAAACACAAACCCAAAAAGCUGUGAGGGAGGAGCAUAGUUGGGAAGGUGGCCCAAACUGGCCAAAGGAAUAUCCCAUACACGGUGAUGGCCAGUUUAUCAAAUGGGAGAGUUACCUGGAAGGAGAGCUGAUGGGUGUUUGGGAAAGGGUUUGACAUUGGUCAGCAUGUGGCGAUCAACUGAAUUAUGCACAGUUUGUUUUUUUAUUUUUUUAUUCUUCAAUCUUAUAAAUUCUUCUAAUCUACCUACUACUUUCAAUUAUUAACCUAUUCUUAUCUAAUCUUACUAGUCUACACUUAGAGUUCAACCUCACUGUCAACUCCAGUCGUAAAGUAACGGGGUUUAGGCGU